AUGGUUGUGCCUCAAAGAGAAGCCGAGAGGCACGAGGUCCUCCAAUUUGCCGUACCGACGUCGCGCCUAGAGAAGAUCACGGCCGCUGCCAAGCAGGCCAAGCUCGAUCUCGACCGCGACCGCGCCUCUGCCGCCCUCCCCCCUGCGCCCGCCGCAGCUGGCCUUGCGUCCGGCGUCGCUGCCACCGGCCCCGCCGGCCUUGCGCCCGGCGCCGCUGCCACCGGCACCGGCACCGGCCCCGCCGCUUCUGACACCGCCGCGUCCGCCGCGCCCGCCGCCGACCCGCCGACGGAGUCGCCGCUCACAAUUGCAACACCAAUGCUCGAGAUCAGCACGAACGUUGUGAUCGCCACGUACGACAGCGCGGGUAGGUUCGACUGGUGGUGCGGCCGCGUGCAGCAGAUGCUCUGCAAGUCGGGCGGCAAGAGGGGGAGCUACGUGCGGACCUAUCUCCCCGUGCCGUUCGACGAGGCUAAGGCAGCCAACUAUAAGAUCCACUGCAACUUCUACGCCAAGUCGGGCGCGGACGGCGACUACACCUUCAAGUACAACGUCGACGAUUCCGCCCCGUACCACAUGGAGUCGGUGCUCGGCCUCCUCGACCUCAACCUCCCCACCGACGAAGGAGUCUACGUGCCGCGCGAUCAACAGGCCGGCUGGAAGUUUGACGAGGCGCUUAAACUGAUCACGCCGGCCGCGGACUCUGCUCCCCACCGCAAGCGGAGUACCGCCGACGACGAGGCUGGCGGCUCCUCUGGCGCGAAGAAGCGCGCCCUAACGCUGACGCUCACACGCAAGGGCGGGACGCUUGGAAUCUCUGUCGACCCCAACAACCACCAAAUCACCAACGUGGUCGAGGGUGGCGCUGGCGACACCGCCGGGCUUUGCGUGGGCGACUUCAUCGCCGAGGUCAACGGCAAGUCGACGACCGGCGGCUCCUUUGGCAAGCUGCUGCCUGCUGCAGCGACGGCGGAGAUUAGGCUGCGGCUCAUCCGAGUGCAGGUGGUUGAGCCCGACCAUCUACACCUCCCUGACCUACUAGCAUAA